UAGGUCACAGAAGACUGUAUACAUAGCUCUCUGUCCUUUCUUUAACACCUUCUGGCUCAGCUUUCUACCUCCUUUUGACACGUCAAUUGAGAGAAGAAAAGGGAAAAUACCAUGGCUACCAAUUCUCCUAAUCCGCUCCCAUUCGCGGAACCACCUUACCUCCGUGGCCUCCAUUCCCCAUACUAUACCGCAUCACAUCUCGCCUUUCAGAAAAAAGCGCGUGCUUUCAUUUAUGAGAAUCUCAACAAAUACGCACUUGACUAUGAGCGCGAAGGUAUCGUCCCUCAACAUGUCUUUGACACCUUUGCUAAACACAAUAUGCUUAUCCCGAACUUACCUCCACCGUUGCCUGUCCCAUGGUUGAAGAGGUUGGGGAUACACGAUAUCCUGGGAGUUAAGGUUGAGGAGUGGGAUUAUCUACACACUGGCAUCUACCUUGAUGAGAUGAGUCGAUCAGGCCUUGCUGGUCCUGCUUCAUCUCUAACCGCGGGAAUGGCCUAUGGGAUCCCACCUCUUGUCAAAUACGCACCUCGCGAGCUUCAGGAGAGAGUCCUUCCAGACUUGUUGACAGGCAAGGCGAGGGCUUGCAUAGCUAUUACCGAGCCUGAUGCCGGAAGUGAUGUCGCCAAUAUCACGACUGUCGCCGAGAAGUCAGCAGACGGAAAGGAAUAUGUUAUCAACGGGACUAAGAAAUGGAUUACGAACGGUAUCUGGGCUGAAUAUACCACCAUGGCAGUCCGUACUGGACCUCCCGGCUCCGGCGCAGCAGGCCUUUCCUUACUCCUAGUCCCCCUGAAGAACUACCCAGGUGUCUCAAUGCGCCCCAUCAAAGUCUGCGGAAACGAGACCUCAGGCACAACCUAUAUCGAACUCGACGACGUGCACGUCCCCAUAUCCAAUCUCAUCGGCGCCGAAGGCGCAGGCAUGAAAUACAUCAUGACCAACUUCAACCAUGAACGACUCUCCAUCGCCGUGGGCGUUACCCGGCAAGCUCGAGUCGCAUUAUCGACCGCAUUUGAAUAUGUGCUUAAACGUGAAGCAUUCUCAAAACCACUCAUUGCGCAGCCAGUUGUACGACACCGACUUGCCAAGGCAGGAGCCGAAUUAGAGUCACUAUCCGCCUGGAUCGAACAGUUUUUAUUUCAAAUGACAAAAUUGAAAAAGGAAGACGCGGAUCGCGAAUUGGGUGGAUUAACGGCUAUGGCGAAAGCGAAAGCCGGUAUGGUGCUUAAUGAAUGUUCGCAGACUGCUGUGCUAUUGUUUGGUGGUAAUGGGUUGACUCGUACCGGUCGGGGAGAGCUUAUUGAGCGUAUUUAUAGGGAUGUGCCUACGGCAAGGAUACCGGGUGGAUCGGAGGAUGUAUUGCUUGACUUGGGGGUGAGACAGUUGGUUAAGAUUUACGAGGCGGGUAUCAAGCGAUUAGAAAGGGACGCUAGGAUAUAA